AUGCAUCUCAAAAACACUGUCCGGUCAGCAAUCCUGUUUGCAGGCUUGGCGCAUGGAUAUGCAAACCCUGGAGCUUGCUCAGGGGCCUGCAACGUGCAUGAUCCGUCGUUGAUCCAAAGAUCCUCAGACAAGACAUAUUUCCGAUUUUCUACUGGCAAUCAGAUCUCAUACGCAAAAUCAUCCUCUAUCUCGGGGCCAUGGACGACUAUUGGGUCCAUGCUUCCCUCUGGGUCGUCAAUUGAUCUUGACGGUAAUGAUGACUUAUGGGCCCCCGAUGCUCAAAUUGUGAAUGGCGCGUACUAUGUUUACUAUUCUGUUUCGACCUUUGGAUCGCAAAACUCAGCUAUUGGAUUGGCUACUUCUGCAACCAUGGAGUCGGGUUCCUGGACUGACCAUGGAAGUACUGGCAUCGCCUCGUCUUCGUCCAAGGCCUACAAUGCUAUCGAUGGCAAUCUCUUCUAUGAUGGUGGCACAUACUACAUGAACUUUGGCUCUUUCUGGCAUGAUAUCUAUCAAGCACCAAUGAAUUCUGCCGCUACGAAAGUUGCAUCAUCAUCUUACAAUGUGGCAUAUGACUCUUCCGGUACACAUGCUGUGGAGGGAUCGUACAUGUACAAGUACGGCAGCUACUAUUAUUUGUUCUACUCAGCUGGAAUUUGCUGUGGCUAUGAUACAUCUCUUCCAGCCAGUGGAGCAGAGUACAAGAUCAAGGUCUGCAGAUCAACUUCAGCUACUGGAGCAUUCGUUGACAAGUCUGGUACUGCUUGUACAAGUGGUGGCGGUACAGUUGUUUUGGAAAGCCACGGCACAGUUUAUGGCCCUGGUGGACAGGGAGUUUUUACCGAUCCUACUUACGGCCCAGUGCUCUACUACCACUAUGUUGAUACCACUAUUGGCUAUGCUGACAGCCAAAAGUUGUUUGGAUGGAACGCGAUUGAUUUCUCCAGCGGGUGGCCUGUGGUCUAA